AUGGCGGAAGGCGCCGUUGGCCCCAGCGCCACGAAAAGCGCUGCAGUUCAGCUGACUCCCGUCGAGGCUUUUCGGGCUUGUGUGCUCUUAGACGAGGCACUGAGGCAGCUCAGUUUCGUGAGUAAACUGGUGCCCGCUGGACACACGGCAAAAAGAGAUGAACUGUCUCUGUCCAAGGGCGACGAGAUUGUGCGCAUGAUUCAAGAACAGAGUUCUCUGCAGGAAAAAUUUAAGGAGUUGACCGACAGGAAGCAAAAGCUGAGAGGCUUGAGCAACAUCGAAAAACUGAAGAGAGCGGAAACCGAGCUUGAGGAAGUUUCCCAGAAGUUGCGGGAGGCGAAUAAAGAGCUUUGCCGGAAUUUGAAACAAAACCCAAAUAUUCAAGAGAACGCCGUCAAAUUGCAGCUGGAGAGACAGAAAGUUGAGGAAUGGUAUGCUGGCGUACGAGACGAGCUGCAGGAGGCUUACACCUUCAAGUCCCUGCAGGACAGAGUGGCUACAGAGAAGCAUCAACAAGAAAAACUCAACGAGGUAAAGAAGAGAACCAGGGAGUCGGCGCAAGCAGUACGACUUCUUGAGGCGGAGUUGAAGAAGGAAACGGCAGAGUACGAGAGGGAGAUGAAACAGACAAAUGCAGAGAUCUCCACGUUGAAAGAGGAGCUCCAGCAGAACCGGCUGAAGUCAUCUCUCAAGUUGUCUUUCGAAGAGAAGCAGCUGGCGGCUCAGGAACAAGCGUUGCUGCGUGUUUUCCAUCAAAAAGAAAUCGAGCUUCAACGGCAACUUGCGAAAGAGCAAAGCGAGGCUGAUCUCGAAGACUUUGCACACACGGAGAUUCUCAAAUUUUCGCGGGAAUACAUUCAGAACGUAUGA